GCCGGCAAUAAGCAUAAUGUAUUUCAUGUUGGAGAGAGGAUCGGGUGUCUUCCUAGUCCUUUAUUUUGCGGGGAAGCUCAUUUCGGGGGCUGCUAUUGGUGAUCAAUGUCCAACCUUUUUUUCGAGAAUAGGUGUAAUGGAAUCGGGAAAGUAUCGGAGUGACUUUCUUCUUUGGCAUCCCGAGAAUGAAGGGACAUCUGGAAUUUGUCAAUGUAUUAAUAUGAAGCUUUUCUUCGACAACCAUCCCUCUCUGUGAAUAAUAUUUCACCUUUUGAAUCACAAACAUGGCGCCAUCCUUUGCAUCUACCUUGAAAGACCCGAGUCUCUUCGUUGAGAAAUCCUAUAUCGACGGUCAGUGGAUAUCAUCUACAUCAACAUUCGACGUCACGAACCCGGCCACAGAGACCCGCAUCGGAACAUGCCCCGAAUCGACCAUCGAUGAUCUAAACCACGCAAUCCGCGCAGCAUCCAAUGCCUUCCCAACUUGGCGAGCAUUCUCAGGCCGCCAACGCGGACGCAUCCUCCGAAAGCUUUUCGACCUCCUAGUCGAAAACAAGGUCGACCUUGGCCGGAUUAUCACAGCGGAGAACGGAAAAGCAAAAGCAGACGCAGAAGGCGAGGUUCUUUUCUCAGCCAGCUUUUUCGAGUGGUUUGCAGAAGAGGCUCCCCGGGUUUAUGGAGAUGUUAUUCCGCACAGCAAUUCAACUAGCCGGACGCAUGUUAUCAAGCAGCCUGUUGGUGUUUGUGGAUUGAUUACGCCUUGGAAUUUUCCUAUGGCGAUGGGUGCGAGGAAGGUGGCGGCUGCGCUGGCGGCGGGUUGUACAGUGGUUCUCAAGUCGGAUGGACUUACACCGAUUUCUUUGAAUGCGAUGGCCGUGCUGGGGGAGCGUGCGGGUAUACCAAAGGGUGUGCUGAAUGUUGUGACUGCACUAAAUAAUACGCCGCAGCUUGGUUUGGCACUUUGCCAGUCAGACACCGUUAAGAAGAUAUCUUUUACCGGGUCCACAAGAGUUGGCAAGCUCCUAAUGCAGCAGUCCAGCAACACAUUGAAGAAGUUGAGUCUUGAGCUGGGAGGUAAUGCCCCAUUCAUUGUAUUCGAUGAUGCGGAUCUGGAGAUCGCGGCUUCCAGUGCCCUUGCCAGCAAAUUCAAGGUAACUGGCCAGACGUGCGUGUGCGCAAACAGGAUCUAUGUGCAGGAAGGCAUCUAUGAUCGUUUCUGCCAGAGGCUAGUCGAAGAGGUCAAGAAGUUCCAUGUCGGUAAUGGCGCCGAGGAUACCGUCACUCAUGGACCCAUGACGAAUGGGGUGAGCAAAGUCAAGGAGCACAUUCAAGAUGCUGUGAGCAAAAACGCGAAAGUCCUUCUUGGAGGAAGCCAGCUAUCGGCACUUGGGAAAAACUUUCACGAACUCACCAUCUUGGCCGAUGUCGACGACUCCAUGAAAAUAAGCACUGAGGAGACCUUUGGCCCUAUUGCGGCAUUGUACAAAUUUUCAACCGAAGACGAAGUUAUCAGUAAGGCCAACAACUGCGACGUUGGCCUCGCAUCCUAUGUCAUGACGACUGAUUUGGCUCGAUCGCAUCGGGUCACCGAGAGGCUGCAAUUCGGAAUGGUUGCGCUCAACACGGGUGUGAUUUCAGAUGCUGCAGCUCCAUUUGGAGGAGUCAAACAUUCCGGCAUGGGUCGAGAGGGUAGCAAGUAUGGUCUGGAUGAAUAUGUCAAUAUCAAAAUGGUUGUUACAGGCGGCAUCAAUACCGUGUACACGCGGUUGUAAAUAGAUAGAUAAUUUGCCUUCUGGCCUGAGGCAAUUGCAGUAAAAUUAAUUUGAGGCUCACGACAGAUCUAUGACGGCCUACAAGUGCCUGACAGGCUAGGCAAAGAUAGAAUAAUAAAAAAAAAUCAAAAC